AUGUCUUUCACACACGCCCGUUUCCAAUCGACCUCCGAAAAUGAAUCAGGAAAAUAUGGUGGUUUACCAGCUCCACUUAUUGAAUUCGCCCCUUCAAAAGCGCUUAAAAGGCUCGUACUUGGAGGCACAUUCAAGCCACACAAGCACAUGGACAUAAAGUCAAUUUCUGUUUUAAGAUUCGAUCCUGAAAAAUCCUCUUUGGUAAAACAAGUGUUAAAAGGUCUAUUCGGUGUAUUCCGUGCCAUUUUCAAUUGGUAG